UACUCCUCUACUCUAACUCAUUACACGAUUUCUAUAACAGUCUCGUUUGUUCUAAAAAAUUGGCUACUAUAGUGAAAUAAUGUUAUAUAACACAUAUAUUAUAGCAUAAUAUGAAAAAUUGGUUCCAAAGAAAGCUUGGCCGUUAUAGAGAAGACUUAUUAUAAAAUGAUGAUUGUCAUAGAGAAAUUAGACUGUAUACAUAUAUUUUUUCUGAAAAUACUAACUUGUUUCGGAUUGAGGCGCAACACGUCUACUUUGUCAUAGAACAACACAACAUCACCGAGAUGAUGAUGUUACUAUAAUCGCCUAGUGCCAAAAGUACAUAGGACAUGUUUGAAUCCUCUGUUAUAAGUGACAUCCAACAAUUAAACAUAUCUAUAACAGUUUUGCCUGUUCCGAUAUUUUUUGGUAGCUAUGAUGAAGUAUUAUUAUAUAUAACAUAUAUCCUUUGUGUAACAUAACAUGAAAAAUUAGUUCCCAAAAAAAAAUAGUCAUUAUAGUAAAGUAUUAUUAUAGAUGAUGACUGUUAUAAAAAAGUUUGACUGUGUUUUAUAUUCCAUCAUUAUAUUAAAGAUGUAAUGUUGACGGGUUACUGAUUUCCUGAGAAGGAUAUAUGAUUAUUAUGGAGUGUAAUAUUUCCAAUACUCUAUAAUUGCAAGGUUAAUUGAAUAUUCCAAUUGACGAGCUGUCUUAGUAAUAAUCCCACAUUGUCGUUAUUAAUCGUUGCACCAAUAAUUUAUGACGAUGUUUCAUUUACUCCUCCAAUACUUCAUUUUCUUAAUUAAAUUUUGAAGUUGAAUAUUUUUUCCUUCUAUUUAUUUGCCCUAUAUAUGAACAUUUCAGAUGGUGACAUAAAUAGACCCAUACUUGUACGCUUGUCUCUUGUCGCAUCCUACAAUAAUUUUGAUUAUUUUAAUUGGCUAUAGGUCAUCGAAAUGAAAAGAAUUGACCAUGAACGGUCCUGCUCUGGUACUAGUAAAAUAUACAGUAAGGAAAAGGCCAUUAGCCAUAAACCAUUUCCCUUUAACUCAAGGACAACCCGGUGUAUAAAGUAUCCUUAAGGGUUGUAUCUCUUGGGAUGUGAUGUAGGAAUUAGUGACUGUUUUCGUAGCUCGAAUCCAUAAUAUAUAGUUCAUACGGAGAUAACUUUAUAGUUGCUGCAAAGCUCCCUUUUAAUGUGUAACUUGACAAGUUGAUAAAUUACGUUGUCCUUUUCUGCUAGAUACGACGUGAUUACCAAAAAAUAUAAAUCAAAUACAAAAAGAUGAAGUCAUGACAAAGGGUAUGUUUCUACUAACACUAGCUGUAUCAGUCCAUGGCCUAAAGCCACCUCCUUGUGUCAAUCCAACUGCAGCUAACUGCAAGAAAGCAUCCACACUUCAACUAGCUGUGUUUUUUGGUGCACUCUACACCUUAGCCGUCGGCACGGGCGGCACGAAGCCCAACAUAUCGACGAUCGGCGCCGAUCAAUUCGACGAGUUUCAUCCAAAAGAGAAAUCUCAAAAGCUUUCUUUUUUCAAUUGGUGGAUGUUUAGUAUUUUCUUGGGAACUCUCUUUGCUAACACUGUGCUUGUGUAUAUUCAAGAUAAUGUGGGCUGGACUCUUGGAUAUGGGCUUCCAACAGUGGGCCUUGGUAUAUCAAUAAUGAUAUUUUUGGCUGGAUCAUCUUUUUAUAGGCAUAAAAAGCCCAGAGGAAGCCCAUUUACAAGAAUGGCUAAGGUCAUUAUAGCUGCCUUAAGGAAAUGGAAAGUUACAGUCCCUACUGAUCCAAAAGAGUUGUAUCAGCUUGAUUUGGGAGAAUAUACCAAAAAUGGAAAAUUCAGAAUUGACUCCACACCUACAUUAAGGUUUCUGAAUAAAGCAUGUGUAAAAACAGAUACAACUGAUCCAUGGAUGUUAUGUUCAGUAACACAAGUGGAAGAAACAAAGCAAAUGCUAAGGAUGAUACCAAUCUUGAUAGCUACAUUCAUUCCAAGUACAAUGAUAGCUCAAAUCAACACACUUUUUGUCAAACAAGGCACAACCCUAAAGAGAAACAUUGGUAAUUUCAGUAUCCCUCCAGCUAGUUUAGGUGCAUUCGUUACCCUAUCGUUGCUAGUCUCCGUUGUGCUCUACGAUCGUUUCUUCAUGAAAAUCACCAAAAGAUUGACAAAAAAUCCAAGAGGUAUAAAUAUACUUCAAAGAAUGGGAAUUGGAAUGGCAUUCCAUAUUGUGAUCAUGUUAGUAGCAUCGUUCGUCGAAAGGCAUAGACUUAGUGUAGCUAAGGACAAUAACCUAGUUGAAAAUGGUAAACAAGUACCAUUAUCUAUAUUGAUUUUGCUACCUCAGUUUAUUCUUAUGGGAACAGCUGAUGCAUUUUUGGAAGUAGCUAAGAUUGAGUUUUUUUAUGAUCAAGCACCAGAAGGGAUGAAGAGUUUAGGAACUUCAUAUUCUAUGACAAGUCUUGGUGUUGGGAAUUUCAUUAGUAGUUUCUUGCUUUCUACAGUUUCUGAUAUUACCAAAAAGCAUGGGAAUCACAGAGGAUGGAUCUUAAACAACUUGAAUGCAUCUCAUCUUGACUAUUACUAUGCGUUUUUCGCGGUACUUAACUUAUUGAACUUCUUCUUUUUCUUGUUUGUGAGCAAGUUUUAUGUGUAUAAAGCUGAAGUCUCAGAUUCAUUGGCUGUCCUAAGGCAAGAAUUGGAGAUUGGAUAAAAACAUAGGGUGACUAAUAGCCAAGAAACUUCAACCAACACACAGAUUUGAUGGUAGGAUAUUAACUAACAUAUUUAGUUAGGUAGUGUACUAUAUGGUUAUGGCGCGGAUCCUCCAAAAUUGCCACAACACGCAUGUCAGAUCCUCCGAAAAUGCAUGUCACUUCAGACAUAUCGGAUCCUCCAAAUAUUAUGCAUUUUUGGAGGAUCUGGCACGAGUGCUGCAGCAUUUUUCGAGAAUUCGAUCAUCGUAGCUAUAUAGUCCAAUAGUUUUCUUCAUCA